UGGUAAGGAAAUGGAGAUAACCUGCUACUUGAUUUCAGAGACAAGGGUGCUAGCUGAAGGCACUACCUCUGCCAGCUACGGAGGUCAUCUCAGCUGUCUCCUUGGAAUAAAAUAAUCCACAGCUGAAAAGAGAUCUGAAAUGCACUUUGUCUGUUUGACUGCUCUCAGCCUUCUACGGGCAGGUUCCCAGCAUGCAGAGUUCAGAGGGAGGGUCCGAUUCGUCGUCCAGUGUGGCGCUGCGUACGUCCACCUCUGCCCAGGCCCCCGUGGUGCAGCCUGUCCCAGCCUCACAACAGAGGGUGCUGGUUCAGGCCACAGGCUCAGCCCAGAAGGGAGCGCAGGUGCAGCAGCUGUCAGUCCCCCGGCUGCAACAGGUCCCUCAGCAGAUCCAGCAGAUCCAUCAUGUCUACCCCUCCCAGGUUCAAUAUGUGGGAGAGGGGGGAGAAGCAGUUUACACUAAUGGAACCAUUCGGACAGCCUACUCCUAUAACCCUGAGGCCCAGCUGUAUGGCCAGGGCAGUGGAGGAGCCUAUUUUGACUCUCAAGGCGGGGGUUCCCAGGUCACGACGGUGGUCUCCUCCUCCAGUGGUGUGCCGCCCCACGGCAUGGUGGGCAUCACCAUGGAUGUGGGCGGCAGUCAGAUCAUCUCGGGUGGCAGCACCUACCUGAUCCACGGCGGGGGCAUGGAGGGAGGCCGCCACCACGCCUCACACUCCUCCCGCUCCUCCUCCGCUAUGCUUGAAAUGGCGAUUGAAAACCUCCAAAAGUCGGAAGGGAUUGCAACUCACAAAAGCAGCCUGCUCAACAGCCAUCUGCAGUGGCUGCUGGAUAACUAUGAGACAGCAGAGGGGGUGAGCCUGCCCCGGAGCUCCCUCUACAAUCACUACCUGCGCCACUGUCAGGAGCAGAAACUGGACCCGGUCAACGCUGCCUCCUUUGGGAAACUCAUCCGCUCCGUCUUUAUGGGCCUCAGGACCCGCCGCCUCGGCACAAGAGGCAACUCCAAAUACCACUACUAUGGCAUUAGACUGAAGCCAGACUCCCCACUCAACAGACUGCAAGAGGACUCUCAGUACAUGGCCAUGAGACAACAGCCUGUGCACCAGAAACAAAGGUUCAAGCCCCUCCAGAAGGUGGAUGGCAUGGGGGACAGCCUGUCAGGAGGCUCCCAGCAUUCAGCCAGCACCCCAGAGCAGUCUGUGGCAGCCCAGAGCCAACACCACCAGCAGUACAUUGAUGUGUCCCAUGUCCUGCCUCCGUUCCCCAUCCCUGACCUGGGCACCCAGCCCCUCCCUGAACGCAUCAACAUGAACGACGUGAAGAAGUUGCAGAACCUGUACAGGGACCACUGUGAGGCUACUCUGGACGUGGUGAUGAACCUCCAGUUCCACUACAUUGAGAAGCUGUGGCAAACCUUCUGGUUUUCAACAGCGCCAUCUAGUGACGGAACCACCACCAUCCCCAACAGUGAUGAGGAUCUGGAGGGGGUGAUCCCCAGGCAGAAGCUGAUUGCUCUGUGCAAGUAUGAGCCUGUCAAGCUGUGGAUGAGGAGCUGUGACCACAUCUUGUACCAGGCCUUGGUGGAGAUCCUGAUCCCUGACGUGCUGCGCCCUGUCCCCAGCACUCUCACUCAGGCCAUCCGCAACUUUGCCAAGAGUCUGGAGGGCUGGCUGACCACAGCUAUGAGCGACUUUCCCAAUGAGAUUGUCCGCACCAAGGCAGCGGUGGUGAGUGCAUUUGCUCAGACCCUGCGUCGGUACACCUCUCUGAACCACCUGGCCCAGGCGGCCCGCGCCGUGCUGCAGAACACCUCUCAGAUUAACCAGAUGCUCAGCGACCUCAAUCGUGUGGACUUCGCCAACGUACAGGAGCAGGCGUCGUGGGUGUGUCAGUGUGACGAGAGCGUGGUCCAGCGGCUGGAGCAGGACUUCAAGGUGACCCUGCAGCAGCAGAGCUCUCUGGACCAGUGGGCCGCCUGGCUCGACAACGUGGUCAACCAGGUCCUUAAGCCCCACGAAGGUAGCCCCAGCUUUCCCAGGGCCGCACGACAGUUCCUGCUCAAGUGGUCCUUCUACAGCUCCAUGGUAAUCAGGGACCUGACCCUGCGUAGUGCUGCUAGUUUCGGCUCCUUCCACCUCAUCAGACUGCUCUACGAUGAGUACAUGUUCUACCUGGUGGAGCACCGCGUCGCCCAGGCAACCGGAGAGACUCCCAUCGCUGUCAUGGGAGAGUUCAGUGACCUUAACUCGAUGAUGCUCAUGGACAAAGACCCGUCCUUCUCAGAUGACAUGAGUGACAUAGGCAGUGACGAGGGCCGAGGGCCCAACGAGCCGGCCGUGAAAAGAGAGAGGAUCGAAAUCAACCACUCGCUGCAGGAAAUCUGAGACCGGAUGAGGUGAGGGCCAUAGCCCACUACUCCAGGAGGUCUGCUGCCGCCCUGGGCCCUUCUGGUCCUGUCAGCACACUGAGAGUGGCUACACAGCCAGUGUGUUCAGUGUAUAUAGAGAAGAGUACUAGGCUCAGCCCCUACCCUACCACACCUCCUAGUUAGUGUAGUUAAAGGGGGGGAUCUUUAUCCCAGGGAAAACAAUGUAUGCUCACCAAGGGGGGCUGGUUUGACCUGACAGGGGUAUACAGUUCUGAUUUCUCUCUGUUCACUUGUUCCCGUUUUACAACUGUGAUUCAGGAUGACUUUGUGCAGUACCGAUGUUGGAUAAGUGUAACUUUGAAUGAGUGGUGUGUGUAUCUUAUCCUUUAUUAGCUGUGUAAUUCCAGUGCCUUAGAUAACUCUUUAACCACCACUACUACAGAUGUCUAUCUCCUCCCUCAGCUGUGCCUCUACCGCAGUAUGAAUGUAUUGUUUCAGAACCUCAGACAUUCUAAAGCACCUUUAAACCUGUAGGAGUAUACUAUACAUGUUGCCUCUGUUGCUACUGGCAGCUCAACCCACAUUGAUGCAACCCACUGACGCAAAGGACUUGUCCCUCUCCCACCAGCGCGGCCACUCUUGGGUAUGUCAGUAGGCCCCUAGUCUCAUAGUUGAUUGGAAGGCAGGGACCUCUUAACACCCUGGCCAUAUGAGAUGAUUAGUUACCUCUUCCUUUUCUAUGCUCUGUUCUGAUGAGGCAACUAUAUAUAAAAGAGAGCCACUUACUGUUAAUUCUACCAACUCCCCCGUACUCAAGUAAUCUUUUCCAUGUAUAUAUCACUUUUCAUUCAAAUGAUAACGAUUCUAUGAUGCCAUUUGGCAGAAACUCAAUUUCAGGAUGCACCCAAGUCUCAUUGAUCCAUGACUGUAGAACUUCAGGGUGUUUCUAGAUGUCACGCCCCAGAGUCUAGGACAAGCCAGUUGCCGCCUGUCACGCCCCAGACUGGAGUGUGGUGGAAUGUGUUCAGGAAACCACCAGAUUGUACAUAUAUAUGAUGAGCUACCUUCUUGGUUAACUGGAGGUGUCUGGCAUCCAUUUUGUGGAGCUGUAUGUCUGGGUGAAGUCAAAUGUCGUAAGGGAUGUAAAAUAGUAUGUAUUUAACAAAACGUGAAAGAGCGUUGGACCCCCGAAGCCAAAACCCUUAGAAGGAAACUGUAGUUGCAUCUGUUCAGUUCAACUGAUGCUGUUUGAGUUCAGAUAGGCUCUCCCCUUACCGUUACUCAAAUGGACUCAAUCCAUGUUUAUUCAUUCAUAUUGCUUGAUAUGAAAAUGCUAACAGCUUUUGAGUCUGUUGCUCUAAGAUUUUAUUAUAUAGCCGUACAAUGAUACUGUAGGAGGGCUGAUUUGUGCAAAACCAACAAACUGUUAAACUUUAAAAUAUAACUUUCUUAAUAUGAUGUAAAAAAUGUGUGUUCAUCAAUGGCCUCUUGUAUCGCUUGGUCUUUCUCCAAUCAUUUAGCUCUCCCCAUACUGCACUGUUUGUUUUUAAAGGGGGAUGUCCUCCUUGCUUUGAUUAUUUAGUGGCUGGGACUGAUGUGUGAGGCAAACGUUUGUCUUCUUUUGAUCAUUUGUGUCAUCUGGUCAACACAUCAAUAUUUAACAAACAACGUUGAUAUUUGGGGUGUAAAUGCCCUAUAAAUCGGCAGUCACUUGCCCAUAUUGAGAGAAUCUCCAUUUCUAUUUAUGAAAAAUUAUAGCUGAUUCAGGGCUGGAGUCAAUCAGUAAUAUAGUGUGAUUUGAAAUGUUUUUGCAUUCGCGGUAAACGGUGCAUAUGUCUGCUCAACCGGAAAUUACAACCGACAUGGAGUGAUUUUCUCUAAACACUUUUGGUUGAGUUUCCCCUGUUCCCCCUCAGAUUUUGUAGUAGCUAUAAGAAUCCUGAGCUUGAGUUAUUGAAGGCUCUUUGUAACCCGUGCCUGUCACAGUACUUUGCCUUUAAGUGCGUUGGAAAGUAAUUUCUGUGUACUUUGUUUCUUGUAAAUCUGUUUUGACUUGGCUGAGGAUAAUUUUUUUUAUUGAACUAGAUUUGGUUCUUCUGUAUUUUGAACCCUUAUUUUUAUGUAUUUUUAAACCUGUUCUUGACUACACUUUACCUAGCCUGAGGGCAGACAAGUCUGUAACAAACUGCAUAGUUCAACUGUAUUUUGUACUGGUCAAUGUGUAAUAAAUUGGUAUUAUACCAUC